AACGGUUCCUUCAGACGCGCACGGGAGAGAAGGGCGGGGCCUGCGCCUCCUCACCGAGCCUUUGUUUCUGGCGUCCGCCCCCGCCCGGGCUCGCGUCUCCGUUUCUCCGAGAGGCCCUAGGUGUCUCCGCCGCAGUCUCUGUCGCUCCGUGACCUCUACAGAUAGCGGAACCUGUAGGGAGGACGCCAGGACACCUGGAAGCCGAGAAUGGACUCAGUGGCCUUUGAGGAUGUAGCUGUGAACUUCACCCUAGAAGAGUGGGCUUUGCUGGAUCCUUCCCAGAAGAAUCUCUACAGGGAUGUGAUGCGGGAAACCUUCAGGAACCUGGCUUCUAUAGGAAAACAAUGGGAAGACCAGAACAUUGAAGACCCAUUCAAACUUCCUGGGAGAAGUACAAGUCAUAUUCCAGAGAGAAUCUGUGAACAUAAAGAAGGUAGUCAAGGUGAAGAAACCUUCAGCCAGAUUCCAGAUGGUAUUCUGAACAAGAAAACUCCUGGAGUAAAACUGUGUGAAAGCAGUGUGUGUGGAGAAGUUGGCACGGGUGCUUCAUCACUUAAUAGGCACAUCAGAGAUCACACUGGACAUGAACCAAAUGAAUAUCAGGAAUAUGGAAAGAAGUCAUAUACACGAAACCAGUGUGGGCGAGCCUUGAGUUAUCAUCGCGCUUUUCCAGUACGUGAAAGGACUCAUCCUGGAGGAAAACCCUAUGAUUGUAAGGAAUGUGGAGAAACCUUCAUUUCUCUUGUAAGCAUUCGAAGACACAUGUUAAUGCAUAGGGGAGGUGUGCCUUACAAAUGUAAGGUUUGUGGGAAAGCCUUUGAUUAUCCCAGUUUAUUUCGAAUACAUGAAAGAAGUCACACUGGAGAGAAACCCUAUGAAUGCAAGCAAUGUGGGAAAGCCUUCAGUUGUUCGAGUUACAUUCGAAUACAUGAAAGGACUCACACUGGAGAUAAACCCUAUGAAUGUAAGCAAUGUGGCAAAGCUUUCAGUUGUUCCAAGUACAUUCGAAUACAUGAAAGAACUCACACAGGAGAGAAACCAUAUGAAUGUAAACAGUGUGGUAAAGCCUUUAGGUGUGCCAGUUCUGUUCGAAGUCAUGAAAGGACUCACACUGGAGAGAAACUUUUUGAGUGUAAGGAAUGUGGGAAGGCCUUAACCUGUCUUGCAAGUGUUCGAAGACACAUGAUAAAGCACACUGGCAAUGGCCCUUAUAAAUGUAAGGUGUGUGGGAAAGCCUUUGAUUUCCCCAGUUCAUUUCGAAUACAUGAAAGGACCCACACUGGAGAGAAACCCUAUGAUUGUAAGCAAUGUGGGAAAGCCUUCAGUUGUUCCAGUUCUUUUCGAAAACAUGAAAGAAUUCACACUGGAGAGAAACCCUAUAAAUGUACAAAAUGUGGGAAAGCCUUCAGUCGUUCCAGUUACUUCCGAAUACAUGAAAGAACUCAUACCGGAGAGAAACCCUAUGAAUGUAAGCAAUGUGGGAAAGCCUUCAGUCGAUCCACUUACUUUCGAAUACAUGAAAGAAUUCACACUGGAGAGAAACCCUAUGAGAACCCUACCCCUAACCCUUCCGUUGUCCCAGUUCUUUCAUAAUCAUGAAUGGAGCCACACAAAGAAACCCCAUGAAAGUAAGAAAUUUGGGAAAGCCUUCAGUCCUUUCUAUUUCUUUCUACUGCAUGAAAAGAUUCACAGUGGAGAAGGACCUUGUAAGAUAAUUGGCUUUAAAUUAUGAAAGACUUGCAGUAGGACAGUAAACUCUAGAAUUGGAUCUCUGGAUUAUGUUAUGUCAGUGUUGGUAGUUUAGGAACUAGAUUUCCAAGAAUUCAUUCCAUUUGUGAUUCCAUGAUACAGUUCAUCAGUAACCUAUCAAACAUGAGAUUUGGAAGUAAGCAAAGAAGGCAUUAGUCAUUGUUUGGAAGCACCAUACAGGGAGACAGCCAUGUGAAUACAGGCUGUAUGGACACCUGCUUCCAUUCCAUUUUCCCACUUUGGGUUGCCAAUUAAGAGUAUCCUCGGAACUACUUGACUUCGGUUUUCUUGGAGGUGUAGGUUUCACACAGGUCUCCAGAAGCCCACGUUGAAUAUCUACUUUAGUUUUCCUUCAGACAUUAUUAUGUGUGUACUAGGCAACUAAUUCAGACUGUCCUGGUUGGGAAUAUUCUCUGAUGUUCUGACUCCCCUAGUCUGUAGAUGCCUGAGAGCACCUUUGUUCAUACUAGUAGUGACAGUAUUCUUGAUUCAGCCUGACUGCUACCAUGCUACUGUCAAAACCAACUAGAGGGGAGCUUGUUCUGCUGCACUAUGACUGGCCUUGCCCAGGACUUUCAUGUGAGAAUAAGUACUUUCCUCUUAUCAGGAAAUUUCAAGUGUUUUCCUGUUACUUACAGCUCAGCCUAAUGCCUCAGUUCAUUUCCAGUUGUUUGGUUAUGUAUGACUAAUAUGUAUUUUUUAUUCAAACAAGACUUUUGUACAUGUUUCUUAGAAACUAUUAACUGUCUUCAGUCUUGGAUCACGUCAAGUUUAUAAUUUUGGCAAAUUAUUUAUUAAGACACUGUGAAGUCAGCAUUAACCAGGUGCAUACAACUUUAGGAAUUUUCUCCUCCUCAUGUAAAUUUUACUUUUCUUGCUUAUAUAGUUUCAACUUUUAUCUUGAUGGUAAUAUCUCAUUUACUCAUAAUACCAAAAGUUAAGCCAUGCUGUUUUGUGUGCCCUCUAGCUAAAGACCACAAAGACCAUACCUGUUAUCAAAGAGGGUGUAAUAAAUUGUAAUAAUAAUUAUGACCACAAACCA